CUUUCUUUCUUCCUUCCUUCCUUCCUUUUCUUUCUUCCUUUUCUUUCUUCCUUUUCUUUAUACUUUAUUUUAUACUUUACCUUAUAUUUUAUACCAUCUCGCCAGCGACUACUUUAUACUUCUUUAGUUCCCCACAACAAACUCCACCCUUUCCAGUCCUUUACAUUCGUUCGCACUAGUCAACUAAUCCUACCAUACGAUACACUUUGCAAGCCUCAACUACAAACCAUACGAUAAAAAAAACACCACCACCACCACCACCACCGACAUCACCAACAACAGACGCUUGUUAAGAACAAACAAAAGACGAAGAAUAAAUAUAAAAAUAUAAAGACGUAACAUGUGGAUUAUUUCUCGAGUUUUUGGAGAGUCUCGGUGGACACGCGCAAUAUUCUGUCUCAGUGUUAUACAGGCUGUUCUUGCAAUUGUAUUUGAAGCCGUUAUCUUCCAAUCCCAUCAAACAGAAAUCGCUGGAAUCGAACGACUAUUGUCUUCAGAAAAAAACCUUGAAGACAGUCUUGGAACUGUUCAAGCCAAUGCCAGGUCACUCUUGGUUUAUUUUAUUUUAUUCAUGCUCGCACAAGUAUUUACGGUUGUACUUGUUGUUGACGCCAUUUACCAAAAAAAUACCAUUCAGCUUAUUGCGCUGGUCGCAUUUGAACUUGGUAUGACAGCCUACUCUGUUAUUCAAUACCACCAAUCCGCAACCCUCUUCAACCCUUUGGAAGCAAGUGGGAAACUAGUGAUUGACUACCUCGGUACAUCUUACCAUGCCUCAAAGUGGGCAGAAAUCACCCAAAUCUGUGUCAUGAUUGUCUGUAGUAUGAUCUUUGUGUUCCUGGCCUACAAACUCUACCUCGAGUUUGGUUGGCACAUUUACAAGAAAAUUGGCGCCGAUUUAGCUAUGCGAGAUCGUUACAAGAUGUAUCAGAUCUUCAUGAUGCUUCUCAAGUUUGACUUCUUCUUCUUCCUCGGCUUCUCUGUUCAAUACCUUGUCUUGAUGGUUGUGGCAUGGUGGCCAGAAGCAACCACGGAUGACAAGUGGAGAGUGCUUAUACAACAACUAGUUGAACAUAUCAUACUCAGUUGUGUAUUUUCAAUUGCCAUGAUUAUUUCCGCAUUCUGGGGUUUGAUACGUGAAAGGAAGAUCCCCAUGUACGCUUUUAUUCUAUUGUCCCUCGCAAGCAUGGGAUACUUUAUCUACAUGGUCACUCAAGUCGCAAUGUACCCUUCAAAAUACCUUGGUUCAAGAGUAUUCUUGACAUUCUUUUUGUGUGUCGACAUGGCCCUUAUCUUGGUGUCUGUUCCAGUCUCUGUAAUCUGUCUAAGAAACUUUAAUCAUGGAUUAAAUAGUCACAUCACUCACGCAACUGCUGCCUCUGGGUCAAAUCACAACAUGACUACCAUUGGACAUGAGAAACCAGAGUCAAGACGUUGGUCAAUUGAAUAAUGAAAAAUAAUAAUAGUAAUAAUAAUAAUAAAUCAAAGAGUAACUCACUCACUCACUCCCACUUAUACACACACACACACACUCUCUCUCCGAUAUAUAUAUAUACAUAAAUAUCGAUAUUAGCUUUAUACUCCUUUACUCCUACACUCCUACACUCCUACACUUCUACACUUCUACAAACACUCUCCUUCGCAAAUAAACCUAUAUAUUAAACUAUAU